CGCUAACACGUUCACCACCACACCAUAGAGGUCAUUCGUUUCGCAUAUCUCUUAGCUAGUUCUACCGGUCAGUGCCAUCAGCAAUCACCCGUCAGCGGGACUGAUCUGGGGAUCCCAAAUCGGCAAUGGACCCAAGUUAAAUCGGUCUGAACUCAGUGUUAUCAAACGAGCUAUGGAGCGAAUCGAAGCAAACACUUGUAUUCGAUUCCGAACGAGGGACUAUGAAAGCGAUUACGUUGAAAUCCGCAACAAGUGGGGUGAAGGAUGCUACACUAAUGUGGGUCGUCAUCCAGGAAGAAACAUAUUGAUGCUUGAAUCGAAUGAAGAAAGCACGUGCAUUGAGGUUCACAUCGUUCAACACGAAUUGUUGCACGUUAUCGGACUAUGGCAUGAGCAUAUGCGAUAUGAUAGAGAUAAAUAUAUCAAAGUUCACUAUAAAAAUAUUGUGCCAGGCUACGAGGAUCAAUUCACAAAAGUUUCAUCAUAUUUGUCGACAGUGUACGACAUCCCUUACGACUAUAAAUCGGUGAUGCACUACACAAAGACAGCGUUCGCCAGGAUUGGAAAGAUCAGCAUGGAGACGCUGGAUCCCAGUUACAUGGAUGUUAUUGGCAGGCAAAAAGACGCCUCAACAAGCGACUAUCAAAAAGUUUGCAAAAUCUACGGAUGUGCCGUGUGCAAUGGUGGAAAUACAAGUACAACAACAGAAAAAGACGAUCAUAAACCGUCUUCAACGACACCGAAACCUCAGCCCACAACUACUGAAAAAUGUUCGGACAGAUCUCCGAAGUUCUGUUUCGUUGCACUCAAACUACGACUACUGAACUGCACCAGUGGCUUUUUCAAGCGGUACUGUUGCACCACUUGUGAACUCUUAAGUGAAGAAGAGGAGGAUUACCCAUUUGGAUACGCGUACUACUACUACGUUUUUUAA